AUGAUCCUGGAUGAGUGUAUACGUGGACAGGAGAAGCUUGCCGUGGCAACAGCUAUGUUCGGUGUUGCAGCUUCCAUAAUGUCUAGAGGAAGAACCACGCACUUGCACUUCAAGAUACCACUGAGUGUUGACGAUGGUGCAUUCUGUAGCUUCACUAAAUUGAGUGGUACUGCCAAGCUUAUACGGAUGGCUUCACUCAUUAUUUGUGAUGAAGCCUCCUUGACUAAGAUACAGGCGGUGAAGGCGUUGGACAACAGCUUGCGUGAUAUAAUGACCCGACCAGAAUUGUUGUUCAGUGGGAAGACGGUUCUGUUUGGUGGAGAUUUCAGGCAGGUCAUUCCUGUUGUCCGAAAGGGGUCAAGGGCUCAGAUAAUUGAUGCGUCACUGCGUAGGUCGUACCUAUGGGAUUGCAUGCGUCACCUAAAGAUUGUACGCAACAUGAGGGCACAGAGUGACCCGUGGUUUGCAGAAUACCUACUUGCAUUAGUGGUGGCACCGAGGAGGCCAAUGGUGAUGGAGAUGUACGUCUUCCUGACGAUAUAUGCAUGA